AUGGAUCAAGAGCGACGCACUAAGAUUGCAUCCGCACUCCAGCAAUAUCGCAAAACGUUAUCGCAGCACAACAUCAUCUUGAUCUGCGCUUUGGUCCACGCCGUAGAAGCCCAGCCUGUUUUGCCUACAGCACAGCAGCUGGCAGAAACGCUCAGAGGCGUCGUGAUGCCCAUCCGGAACAAAGACUCAGGCAGGCCUUGUCAACCGACGGAUUUCAGCGUCACGUAUAAUCAGUUGACGGGUAUUGGGGAGGACUGGGAGAUUGUGGUUGCGUUCGAUAUUGGUGGCGGUCCACGUCGGGGCGGCUCUUAUGCCUUGUAUUGCCGGCGUGAGAAGGCAAAGGAUGAACCAUUUGAAUGGAAGGUAACCUCCGUACCACGUACUUUGUCAAGCUAUACAAGUUUAACAAUCCUGCGGCGCGAGAAGAAUGUAGCAUCUUCGUCUCGAGUAUCCUCGGGUCUCGAUCCAAGGACGGAUCGUGAAUGA